GGUAGUUACUUUUCUGCUCAUCCAUCUUCGUCUCCUUCCUCCCCUAUUCAAUUCUUCUUCUCUCACUUCCCAUCUCUCUCUCUCCUUAAAAACCCCAACUUUCUCUCCUCAUCCUCACCAAUCUUUUCUCAAUGGAGAUCUGCACUUACUUCAAAUCCCAACCCACAUGGCUCCUCCUCCUCUUCCUCCUCGGCUCCCUCUCCCUCCUCAAGUUCACCUUCACCCUCCUCACCUCCCUCUACAUCUACUUCCUCCGCCCCGGCAAAAACCUCCGCCGCUGCUACGGCUCCUGGGCCAUCAUCACCGGCCCCACCGACGGCAUCGGCAAAGCCUUCGCCUUUCAGCUCGCCCACAAAGGCCUCAACCUCGUCCUCGUCGCCCGCAACCCCGACAAGCUCAAACACGUCUCCGACUCCAUCACGUCCAAGCACCCCAACACCCAGAUCAAGACCGUCCUCAUGGACUUCUCCGGAGACAUCGACGGAGGCGUGGGGAGGAUCGAGGAGGCGAUCGAGGGUCUCGAAGUCGGGAUCUUGAUCAACAACGCUGGGGUCUCGUAUCCGUACGCUAAGUAUUUUCACGAGGUUGAUGAGGAGCUGCUUGGGAGCUUGAUUAAGAUUAAUGUUGAAGGGACGACGAAGGUUACGAAGGCUGUGUUGGGGAAUAUGCUGAAGAGGAAGCGUGGGGCGAUUGUUAAUAUGGGUUCUGGUGCUGCUGCUCUUAUCCCUUCUUAUCCUUUCUACUCUGUUUAUGCCGGCGCUAAAACGUACGUGGAUCAGUUCUCAAAGUGUCUCCAUGUUGAGUACAAGAAGAGUGGGAUUGAUGUUCAAUGCCAGGUGCCCUUGUACGUUGCGACAAAAAUGACUAAGAUUAGGAGAGCGUCUUUCUUAGUGGCAUCUCCAGAGGGUUACGCAAAGGCAGCACUGCGUUUUGUAGGCUACGAACCACGUUGCACACCUUACUGGCCUCACGCACUCAUGGGUUAUGUUGUCUCUGCAUUGCCCGAAAGCGUCUUUGAAUCCUUCAACAUUAAGAGGUGUCUCCAGAUCCGGAAGAAGGGCAUGCUUAAGGACGCCUCCAGUAAAAAAGAAUGAAGCGUUUUUUGAGGGCUGCAAGAUCGUCUUCUGCAGUUGGUUUCUCCAAAGUUUAUGUUCUAUAUCUUUGUCAGACUUGUAUGCUUUAGUUUCCGAUGUUCCUUAUUUUAAAAUUAAAAACUAACGUGCACGUAUCAUCGAUAUCCUGCCUGUUUUUUUUCUUUUAUUUAAAUAAAAUUGAAUGUUGGAAAAAAAUGAAUUGGAUAGCAUUUGAAUGUGUUUUGCU